CUAAGGAGACGCAAUGUAACGGUUACCGGGGCAACGGCCACAGCCAAAUAAACAGUGCGAGGGACCGGCUGGUAAUCCGCUGCAGCGAGGCCGGGAGAUCCAUGGAUCCAACCGGGAAGCCCGUUGCCGGCCGCUGGUACUGGAAAGAAGACACACAGACUCUGGAACUUUCCAGCAAUAACGCCGCCGCCGCAGACGCCCGCGAGCGAGUCCGCAAGGGCCGAACCAUCCAGUUCACUGACACCGGGAACAGGCCCCCCGCGAGGGCGCCAUCUCAUUACCUGCGCACCGCGGCUGGAACCAAAUCCCCGGAGAGAACUUUCCCCGAUCCAAUCCUCAGAUCUCCCAGACACGCCGGCAAAACUGAGCGCGAUCGCGUGACCCUGGAGGAUGUCAAAAAUGUUGCCCUUAAUCUGUUACAAGAAGAGGAAAGACAUUGUAUCGAGUCCUUCUCAGCAGCAGUAAGAACGCGGCAGUUGGAUGACUUCCUCGUGGCUCUGCUCUGUUACCUAUCUUGCUUUUUGGAAAAACACUAUCUUGAAAGAAAACCCAAGUCCUUGGUGCCGAAGCCGAGUAUUCUGGAACAAAAGGAGAUGAUGGACGCGCUGACGAGAACGGACCUCGCGCUCAAACACUUCGCUCGCAUUUACUGCGUCUUGGUGCUCGGGGAAGGCGCGACUCACCGGCACCACAUGGCCUGCGGAAAAAGUAAAGCAUCGACCACGAAAAGGGACCGCGUGUUUUACGAGUGUCUUUACAGCUUCUGUAUAUACGUGGCCUGGGUGGCGUUCAGACGCAAGGAACUGAGCUUGAUCCAGGAGGAAGUCGGAAGGCUGCUGCGCUCCAACACCUUCAAUCCAGCGUUACGGAUAAAACACGCCCCCGAGGAGCCGGCUAGGAACCUGUCCGUGGAUAGAAAGAAACCCAGGAAGUCUGCAACCUACGCAGUGAACAGAAGGGAAAACCCCCGACCCUCAGCCAUAAAGAGCAUCAUAACCCAGCGCUCGCCUGUCCUGGUCUCGCUGAUGCCGUCCCCCAAAGAACGAGCGCAAUAUCUUUUCCGCCAGCAUGAACUUCAUCCGAGUGGCCGCUUCGCGCUGGCAGACAUCGGCACCUGGCUGGAAACAUCCCCUGGCCUGAUCCCGCCUCGGAUUGGAAUCUUAGGGGAGCCCCUGAAAUAUUUCAACCCCCACAGCCUCAUCCCUUUGGGGGCAGAAGAAGAAGAAGAGGAAGACCCCGGAACGAGGGGUAAAUCAAGCUCGGGGUCCUUUCACACGCGUGGCCUGUCUUCACGUCCCGGGACCGGCCGCCGGAGCACCGUCAUUUCCAGAGCCACGACGGUGGCGACGUAUUCCGACACCGACGACGACGACCAGCCGGGGACGUAGAGGACAGCGGAUGGCGGCGUAUAACAACGCGCCCCAUACAACGUUACGGGCUCCUGUAGGUCAUCUCUGAAUCUUCUUAUUAGGAAUUAAUAAAUAGCGAUUAAUAAUUCAUAGGUUUUAAUAAAAUAUUAUUUCU